ACUAACGAAAAUAACUCGCCGCUAAAAAUAUCCAGACUGGUCUUGCACCCGGUCACUUCUGCGGGGAGACCACUGGCGUUAGUUCCUUAGCGGAAGCCCCUCGCGAAAAGGCGAGACGUGGCUCGACAGGGACGUCGAAGGUCCCGUUUUUCCGAAAUUAAUGGCGUGCCGGUGCCGCGAAAAAAAAAGGGAUCGAUCGCGAUACGAGAGCGAUACGAGAAGCGUGAAAACACCCGCGGGAGCUCACCCAGGAGCGGCUUUCGCAACCGGCGCUCUCCUUUUGCUGCUCCGGAUUCACCGAGAGGAUGGUGGGAGGGAUCUCGAGCGGUCCAUUGCUCCCACUCCUGGCGACGCUUCCGUCUUUCUUCUGGCUUCUGUCUUUCGCCGCGGGAGACGACGAGUGGGUCUGGAAGGACGGCGGGCGGGAGAACCUCGGGAUUCGGACGGACAGGAGGCAGGGAUUCACCAGGUACCGGAUUCACGAGGAGCCGGAGGACUCGACCGACAGCUUCAACGGAGGUCCCGUCGUUUUCAAUCCCCACGGGAGGCCCGGGAACGUCCAGCUGGGGGGAUCGUCGGGGACGCCCCGGCCCGUCGCCUCGGCCGACCGGGACCUCGGAGUCUUGGUCGGGCCCGGGGGACCGACCGGCACCAUCGGGAGACCGGGCGGCGGCUUCCACGAGGCGGCGCCCUCUUGGGUCAGGGAGGACCGCCGGUACAAGGAGUACGACAACUGCAAGUGCAGCUACGGGUUCAACUGUCCGGCCACGGGCCUGAAAUUCGGGUCCUGCGGGAACGGGAAGCGAUACUGCUGCUACGACGCCAGGAGGGUCCGCCCGUCAACCUUCCCGAGCGGGGGCGUUCGUCCGCCGUCCGCGGAGCCUCUGCCGUUCCGACCUUUCGACGCGGUCGCCCCCUCGGACUUUCACGGGCCCCAGCCGGGAGAAAGACCUUUCCCCUUCGAUCUCCGGCCUCGUCGGACGGGGACCGGGGGAAGGAGAAGAAGGUGCCUCGAUCGUGCUUGCCGUCUUCCCACGCGUUUCCCCCGGGUCGGGUCCAAGGAGGUCGAAAUGCCGUGAAAAGCGAAGAAGGAAAGAUCUCGCGAUCUCGCGAUCUCGCGGAUGGAGAUCUUAAUUAUCUUACGUUUUGGAACGUGUCUUAGUUCUGGCGAUUUCGAAGGUGCUCCGUUUGUCCGUAGAUGCGGACCAGGUACGGAACGAAGUCUCGUUAGCUAAUUUGUCGACCGAAAAAGGGACGUCGCCGGCCUCGAUCUCCGGAGACGGAGUCGUUUCUCCCUCGCUUACGGGUGGUUAAGGUUCUC